AUGGCGAGCUAUGCGCAUGAGUUGGAGGAUGAAGGGUUCACGGUCUCUGCUAGCUGUCCUGGGUAUUGCGGCACAAACCUCAAUGGUUUCAAGGGGACGAAGGAUCCAAGAGAUGGGGCGAAGAUUAUUGUGCGUGUGGCGACUGCCCCCGCGAAAGAGGUCCAUGGGAGGUUGGUGGAUGAGAACCUGAUCGAUGAGGUGUAUUUCUUGGUCAGCAAUUUGGGCUACUUCAACCCGUUUGGAGAUCGUGAGGGUGCGCAUUCCCCGUACAAUCUGGCAAUGUGGACUCUGCCCGUAGAGUUGAAGGGCAGCUUUCUGAUCUAUGGACUGCUGUUCGUCCUCUCCUUGGGCACCUUGUCCUGGUUCAGACGCCAAUCUCCAACGCUGCUGGCUAUGGCGUUGCUCUGUGGAGGAGUCAUAAUACUCCGUCCGACGGCAGAUUGGAGCAUGGUGUGCUUCAUCUGGGGCCUGGACUCCCGGUGGCUCCAUUUCCUUGGCCGUGUCAGCUUUUCACUGUAUUGUACUCACCUCCCAUGGAGCCGUAUCUUUGCAGAUCGUUUCAAGAGUGCGAUCGGUGGCUAUACAGAUCCAGCGCUGAAAAACACGAUUUGGGAUGGCACUUAA